GGACUAUCGAGCAAAUAUGGCGGCUUCGCAAUAGAUGGAAAGCUUGAGCGAGCAAAAAUGAAAUGAUUUCACUUCAGUGUUACUGUCCACAAUCGCAGCUGCAGAAAGAAACGGACCUUAGGAUACCUAGGAAUGUCUGGUUUGGAGGAGAGUGCCAAAGUAGAGGUAAAUGACACCUCAAUGUCAAGAAACUCUCAGGACCUUUUGAACAGCGAGACAUUCUGUGCAGAGGGAACUACAUUAGGACCAUCAGUGCAUUAUCCUCAAGAGACCAUGGCACUACUCAGUGACCAAGGAGACCUCCUGACCACUGUUGGUUUUAUGGACACCAUCUGCUCAGAUGGACCAGCCAAGGCUGCUUACGUCAAUGGAUCCACCUCACCCCAUAUCUCAGAUGAAAUCUUGCUCGAUAUUUCAAAAAAUGUACCAGGAUUCCUUCCCAAAUCAUUACAUGCUCAGAAUUCAGUCACAACCAAUGUCCACUUUGAAGGAGCUGAUCCACUCAGAAAAGAGGGGGAAAUAACAAUCAGGCAAACGUUGACUGCAGAGGAUGUGGAGCAUAGGGGCAUAUGGGGCUUUGAUACAGAAUCUCCAGAAAGCUCAUUAGAUCAUUAUGAUGAUGGAAAUGACCUUAACUGGAAUCCCCAAAGAGAAUUUAUGAAGUUCCUGUGGGAUGAUGAUAAUGGUCUCGAAAUGGAGGGGAAAAUGUCCCCUGUUCCUUCACCCAUCAACCAUAAAAGAAGAGCUCCUUCACCGUUCGGCCAUAAAAGAAGAAAACGUAAAGAAAAACUGGUGUUAAAAGUUGAUCCUUCAGAGGACAUCUACCCUGAGUUGAAUUUUGAAUCAAAAAAGGAUCACCUGGGGGAAGGAAGCCAGAUAGAAUGCAGUAAUGUUAAGAAGACACGCUCCCCAAGGAAACCAUCCAAAUUACAGUCACCCAUUGUAAAGCGUACCAAGUAUUUUAAUGGAGCUGCUGAGGCAGUCAAACACCUGUUUGCUAAACCUGCAAAACAGGCUAUUAGCAAGACUCAAAAGUUGGGAUUAAUUAGAGAAACUUUGCCAUCAGACUCGUGUUCUAUUGAGGAACCUAAAUUUUUUCCCCGUAACAGUGGUUUUAAAGAGAAAUCUCAAGAACACAGACAAAUUACAUGUAAUACAGACACAACUAGUUCAAAGCCAUUCAUAUGUAAGGAAUGUGGACAGUGUUACCAUGAUCAGAGUUCAUUGUUAAAUCACAUAAGUGUUCACCGGGACAAUGCCUCAGAAUGCAACACUCAUCAGGAGCCUGAUGGAAGCAGUACAACAGAGUGUCUUGACGAUUCCCUCAAUUGCAAGACCACUUUUUCUGGAACAGGUGCUAGUUUGUCCCCCUUAAAGUGUCUGAAAAGAUCAGCUCAUUCUAAAGAAGGGAACACUAAGGGAACUUCUAAGUCUGAUGAAAACAUGACUUGUUCAGAAGAUGUUGGAAACACCAACUAUAUGCAUAUAAGUUUGGAAAAGCAAACAUUAAAGAAGUCACCUUCCAAAAGAAAAAUGUCUACUCCAUUCCACAAUAUGCAGGGCCAAGAUAUUCUUUUAGAUUUCCCAAAAUGCCGACAAAAUUUUAAGAAACCUGAAACAUCCAAGAGGAGUAAAGAAAUUAUCAACAACGGUCAUUUUAUGUGUGAUUCUAAUGAUGAUCUUGGACCUGAAGAAUGUGAAAGUAACGAGAAUGCUAAUGCACGUUUUGUUAAAAAACAGACUUCACCUGCAAAAGCAAGUCUUGGUGCCUCAACAGGUCACUUUGGGAAAAACCACAGUUCCCCAAGGAUGCUUUCUGUCAAAGAUGAAUGCAAGGAUGAAGAAAUCUCGGAAGCGAUCACAGUUGUAAAGCGUGAACCGAGCUCAGAUGUUGAGACAGAUCUGAAGGCUUGUCCGUACUGUCCUGCUGUAUUUGAGUCCGGAAUUAGCCUCUCUAAUCAUAUAAGAGGACAUUUGCACCGAGUGGGCCUGAAAGUACGGAAUUCUGCAGCUAAGGUGACUUCUCUUGAAAAAGUACCUCCAGUUAGACGACGAACACUGCCACAAGUCAAAACAGAAGAGGAUACAUCCCAGACUGAUCAUCCAGCAGAGCUGAAAACUGACUGUCAACAGACAGAGCGCAUCUGCCCUCUCUGUAGGGAGUGGUUUGACACAAGGACUGGGCUGUCCAACCAUGUACGAGGCCAUCUGAAGCGACUGGGCAAACCCUCUUCCACUGUGUCUAAAUCUCCAGUGAUCAUUUUGAAAGAAUUGAUGCGUGACAAGAAAGAGUUUCAGAUGAAGCUACAGGUUCUUGAGAAGAAGUGCCGCGCCACCAAUUCUUUCCAUCCUAUUAGGUUGAGUAACGGAUUAACCUUUGCAUCUACUGUCAAACGGCAGAAAGAUGAUAGGGAGGAAAAGAAAAGGAUAGACAUUAGUAAAGGCUCGCCACCAAGUGAUCUGAUUGGAAUUUUGAAGAAAAGAAGAGCUCAUGAAGAGACCAAAGCUAAGCACCCAUCCCACACGGCGAGAAAGGCUAUCCUUUUAUCUUCAGGCAGAGACUGUGGCAUGGAGAUACAACCUUUCAAAGCAGUGCCAAAUUCUCUAGCAGAGAAAAGUGAACUCAAUAGAAAAGUGUGUGUGCACUGUAAUACCACAUUCCACAGUGGUGUUAGUCUCUCCAAUCAUUUGAGGGCAUAUGCACAUAGAAAGAAAAAAGCUCUUCUGGACGGAACUAAAUGCAUGUCACAUGCUCACUGCCUAAACUUUGCUUUGACUGUGCCAAUUUCUCAUAACAAAAAGCAAAGAUCAAGGUCUGGGUCAAAGAAGAAAAUGUACCCUCUGCUGCACACACCAGAAGAAAUCUAUAGACUUACUUGCAGGUUUUGUGAUCUAGUCUUCCAGGGCCCUUUGUCAGUGCAGGAGGACUGGAUAAAGCAUUUACAGAGGCACAUCAUGAAUACCGCUGUACCGCACACAGGGGCAGGGAUGGUGGAAGUUGCCUCCUUCCCCAAGGACUCUUGCCCCAACACAGUACCACAGGCACAACCUUCAGUGAUGCAAAUAUCCUCAUGAGCCCAGGAAAACACACAAUUUGUCUUUGGAAUAUCACUUGUAUGUAAAUUGUUUGGUUCCCAUUUGAAUUUUAUAUUGCCAUCAGUAAGGACUUUUAAGUUUUUUACUGUUAUUGAGGAUCUAUUGUUAACAGACCGCUUUUUAGAUAUUGUUACAUUGUGCUGGUGUUGAACAUUGUCAAAGAACGUACGAACGGUGGGUGAAUAUGUUGAGAUUUCAGUGAAACCCACCAAAAGACAACCUUUACCUCAGAUCCUUCUCACACCGAGUUUAAUCCGUCAAGGCAGAUUUAUGCUCUACAAAAACUGAAAUUAAACUGUAUGUGGAUUUUAUAUCAAGCCAUUUUAAUUUGAAAACCAACGCAAUUUAUUUUGUCCCAUCCAUGGAUUUUAAAAGGUGCACAUAUGAUGCAUAUGUGUAGAAAUGUAAGUCUUUUGUAAAUGUAAGAACAAGAAAUGUAAGUAUUUACAUUAGAAUUUUGACUCAUGCCAACACACCAGUCAUUAUGUGAAACAACCCAUUCUAUUGAUAUUAGCAGUUCGGACAGUAUGCAUGUCAUAACUCCCGGUUUACACCAUUUCUGGUAACAUUUUGGUUGUUCAUUUAUUACCCUGUUUUGAUUUUAUCUUUGAUCUGUAAGUUUGCCACGUGUGCAAAAAAAAGAAAAAAAAAGAAAAGGAAAAUAAACAUUAACUGUUACUUGUGUAGGCCAUUUUUUACGGUUCAAAUAUUUUUGUGUAUAAACCUUUUUAGGUAAUUUAUGUGAAAAAAUGUAAAUCACUAUAAACAGUUUUGCUGUUCAGAAUAAAAUGUUUUUGUCGUCUUCAUCUUGUUGGUAUGUUCAGCUAUGAAUGUAACCGUUUGUUUGCAAAUGUGUUUAUCAAUUUGUGCCACAAUCUACAGAUUGCAAGAGUAGCAGUCAUUUUAUACACAUACAACCUGAAGACUGACUGAUUUAUCACUAAGUGCUAGAUUCAACUUUAGAUAAGAGUAAAUUACUACUGAUACUGGGAUAUGUGCAGAAAGCCAAAUCGUCCUCUCUAAUGAGGCAGACCUAGUCAUGUGAAAGAAACUGGUGGAUCUGUUGGUAGAUCCUGAACAGUUAGGUGUCACCAAGUUUGUGGGAAUAUAAAUCCAAGCAGAAGAGUCAUGAUAUCACAUUCAGCUUCAGACACACCCAUUGCUGAAA